GCAAGAGCAAGAACGAGAACUGAGUCAGUUGAAGAGGAGCUGAGCUAGAUUGAUUAUGCCGGAGGGGAUUUUCCUUCCUUGUUUCAUGUUGGGGGCGCUAGGUGUACUCUUUUUCCCUUUAUUAGGAUUUUUUCCCACUGGGUUUUUCCUAGUAAAGGUUUUUAACGAGGCACCUCCCCAUAAUGGACAAGGGUGGUGGUCCCCUGGCCGAAGAGGAAGAACGUUGCAGAUACAGUUUGGACUACUCCCUUUCGCCUCGAGUACUCUCGACUCAGGGAGUGGGGGACUCCUGAUGGAUUAUAUGGACUCCGACCCCCCGGUAUGCCGACUACUAGGCCUGGACAGCGGCCCACACACGUUUAGCAGAUAUCAUUAAUAUUAUUGUACAUUAUUAUUAUUAUU